UCGUUAUUGGGUUGUAUGUCACUGGAUCCCGCAUGCAAGAUGACAAAAGAAGAACGACCAAGGCAUUUGAGCCCCCAAUAAGAUAAGAGAGACCGCAUGCUCGUUGGAAUGCCUGCCCAGACUCAUGAUAUGGACUUUCUUCGUGGCAAUAGCGGGGGUCACUGGCGCCAGAACAAGAGGAGUAUGGCGCGGUUGUUCACACGCGUCGCGCAACUCUACGCCUCGGUCGCAACCACGAGCCAACGAACCUUUCGGACCUCAAGUUGAUACUUUCAGCGUCCAAGCUCUGCUCGUUGAAGAAGAGAGCCCAGAGAUUGAAGAUGUCAGAUACGUGGGAUCUUAUAACUGGUUGGAUGAUAAAGCUCCUGUUAUCCUAGUGCCAGGCUCACCACCAGCAUGGACACCACUCGCAGAAGAUGUCAAACUUGACCGCGACAGCGUACCGGUAUACAGAGACAUCAACGCUGCACGAUAUCCCAAAUGCCCCAUGGAACCUGCGGUCCGCUCGGUGUUAGAAAUGCAAUCACACUCCGAGCUGCCAUCUGUUGAUGUAUUUGGUUGCGGAAAUACUUUGGGAAGCCUGCUGCGAUGUGCUCGCUCUCAAGCAACGCCCUUUCGAUUCGACGUUGUGUUCAUGGUUCGCAGAGGGGAUAGUCCGACUGAAAAGAUCACAGAUCUUCAAGGAUAUGGUCAAAAUUUUCCAGCGGCUUAUACGACUUGGGAUGCGGACGUACGAGGCUCCUGCUCUCACCAGCGAGUAAUAAGCUAUACCCUGGGCGGCAUGCGAUUUUUCGUUCGCUCUGAGACAGACGGGUACGUCAGGACAUCAUCCCAAACGCUUACCCUGUCGACCUCGACUGCCUCUUCCUUGGAAGCUCCCAGUGUAGUAUCCACCGAAGAUGUUCUUGGCAGCAUGAGCGUAGAUACUCGUCAAUUGCAAGAAGGGUCGUUAUUAGAGGUUCGCCAGCAAGGUAUUCCCAUUGCACAAGAGCACAUAUUCGAUAUCAAGACAAAAAGUCGUUGGUAUAAAGAAUAUGGCAUGGAAGGUAUCCUUCCGCGGUUUUGGGUCAACCAGACUCCAAACUUUCUGUUGGCAUACCACCAGGCUGGGCUCUUCUCCGAGCCGGAAGUGGCUCCGAUUCUGGACGAUGUCAAGCUCUGGGAAAAGAAGAACUCUAGCCACCUGGCCCGUUACCACGCUCUCGUCAAGCGCAUUGUAGACGUUGUCAGAGACUCGGAUGGUCAGCAGUUUGAGAUCAGUUGGGAAGGACAAGGCCCUCUACUGAUCACCAAGCAAAUUGCGGCGGGAAGAUUGGCACUUCCGACAGACCUAUUAACACUGUGGGCGGCAUUGUGAUUAGGACCUUACGUUCUUCUCUCCAAUCCAUUUACCAAUCGCAUUUGUACCAG